AUGGCGUCCCCCCUGGAUGGCAACUUCCUACGGGAACUAGCAUCCGCGCAUGACGGCAGUUCAGCCAAGGACCAUGAGUUCAAGUGGUAUAUCACGGCCAUUGUUGCGGUAGCGGGGAUGAAUUACUCUGAGCUGAUCCCUGAGUUGUAUAAGACGCUGCUGGCGGAGUACAUUCCAGAGGAUAAGCACUUCUCAGAAACUCGCAAAUUGCGAGAAGCACUUACCAAAACUUGCGGCAUUUGGGGAGCUGCAAAGACCGGUACCUCCACGAGAGCCUUAUGGAACGCGACUCCAAGUCAUUUGCGAGACCAGACGUGUUAUCGUGCCAAUGAUGACCCAGAAGAAGCGGCCACGCGCGGCCAAAAACUAGUGGAGAGUAUUUACUCCAGAAUUCCUGGUUAUAACAAAGACGUGGUUUACCAGGCUUCGCCUGACUAUGGCUGGAUUGUCAACAGUGAGCGGUUUCCCUCAAGCUAA